AUGGCUCAGGAGUUGGUGACAUACAAGGAUGUGGCUGUGGAUUUCACCCAGGAGGAGUGGCGCCUCUUGGAUCAUUCUCAGAGAGAGCUGUACAAGGAGGUCAUGCUGGAGAAUGUCCAGACCCUGCUCUCUGUGGGACUUCCAGUUUCUAGAGAAGAUUUGCGCUAUCCUUUCCAGGAAGGAGAAUCACCAGGGAUGGUAGAGCACAAAGGUCUGAGGGACUCCUGUCCAGGUGGAGAGACCAGUUUGGUUGUGAAGAAGAUAGCUACAAAGUUGAACAUUUCUGUGGGAGAAUUUUGCCCGCAUAGAUUUGAGAGUGAUGGUGCAAAGGCCAUUGGUUGGAACUCAGAUCUUAUUAGGCAUCAGAACUUUCACAAUGGAAAAAAGUUUUAUAAAUGUAAUCAGUGUGGAAUGACUUUCACAGGAGAAGACCCUCUUGUAGUACAUCAGAGAAUCCAUACUGGAGAUAACCCUUAUGAACAUAAUCAGUGUGGAAAGACAUUCACAGAGAGUUCCAGGCUUGCUCAGCAUCAGAGAAUCCACACUGAAGAGAAACCUUAUGAAUGUGAUCAUUGUGGAAAGACUUUCACACUGAGCUCCAGUCUUGCUAAGCAUCAGAAAAUCCACACUGGAGAGAAAGGUUAUGAAUGUUAUCAAUGUGGAAAGACUUUCUCAGAGAGUUCAGGUCUAGCUAAGCAUGAGAGAAUCCAUACUAGAGAGAAACCUUAUGAAUGUAAUCAGUGUGGAAAAGCUUUCACAAUGAGCUCGAAUCUUGAUGCACAUCAGAUAAUCCACACUGGAGAGAACCCUUUUGAAUGUAAUCAAUGUGGAAAGGCUUUCACACAGAACUCCAGUCUUACUAAGCAUAAGAGAAUCCACACUGGAGAGAAACCUUAUGAAUGUCAUCAUUGUGGAAAGGCUUUCACACGGAUCUCCAGUCUUGCUGCACAUCACAGAAUCCACACUGGAGAGAAACCUUAUAAAUGCAAUCAGUGUGGAAAGGCUUUCAAAGAGAGAACCAAUCUUGCUAAGCAUCAGAGAAUCCACACUGGAGAGAAACCUUAUGAAUGUCAUCAGUGUGGAAAGGCUUUCACACGGAUCUCCAGUCUUGCUGCACAUCACAGAAUCCACACUGGAGAGAAACCUUAUGAAUGUAAUCAGUGUGGAAAGGCUUUCACACGGAUCUUCAGUCUUGCUGCACAUCAGAGAAUCCACACUGGAGAGAAACCUUAUGAAUGUAAUCAGUGUGGAAAGGCUUUCACACAGAACUCCAGUCUUGCUCAGCAUCAGAGAAUCCACACUGGAGAGAAACCUUAUGAAUGUCAUCAGUGUGGAAAGGCUUUCAAAGUGAGCUCCAAUCUUGCUAAGCAUCAGAGAAUUCACACUAGAGAGAACCCUUUUGAAUGUAAUCAAUGUGGAAAGGCUUUCACACGGAUCUCCAGUCUUGCUAAGCAUCAGAGAAUCCACACUGGAGAGAAACCUUAUGAAUGUCAUCAGUGUGGAAAGGCUUUCACACGGAUCUCCAGUCUUGCUGCACAUCACAGAAUCCACACUGGAGAGAAACCUUAUAAAUGCAAUCAGUGUGGAAAGGCUUUCAAAGAGAGAACCAAUCUUGCUGCACAUCAGAGAAUCCACACUGGAGAGAAACCUUAUGAAUGUCAUCAGUGUGGAAAGGCUUUCACACGGAUCUCCAGUCUUGCUGCACAUCACAGAAUCCACACUGGAGAGAAACCUUAUGAAUGUAAUCAGUGUGGAAAGGCUUUCACACGGAUCUCCGGUCUUGCUAAGCAUCACAGAAUCCACACUGGAGAGAAACCUUAUGAAUGUAAUCAGUGUGGAAAGGCUUUCACACAGAACUCCAGUCUUGCUCAGCAUCAGAGAAUCCACACUGGAGAGAAACCUUAUGAAUGUAAUCAGUGUGGAAAGACUUUCACACGGAGCUCCAGUCUUGCUAAGCAUCAGAAAAUCCACACUGGACAGAAGCCUUAUGAAUGUAAUCAGUGUGGAAAGACUUUCACACAGAGAUACAAUCUUUCUGAACAUAAUAGAAUCCACACUGGAGAGAAACCUUAUGAAUGUAACUGUGGAAAGGCUUUCACACAGAGCUCCAGUCUUGCUCAGCAUCAGAGAAUCCACACUGGAGAGAAACCUUAUAAAAAUAAUCAGUGUGGAAGGCUUUCACAGAGAGUUCCAGUCUUGCUGCACAUCAGAGAAUCCACAAUGGAGAGAAACCUUAUGAAUGUAAUCAGUGUGGAAAGGCUUUCACAGUGAGCUCCCAUGUUGCUAAGCAUCAAAAAAUCCACAAUGGAGAGAAACAUUAUGAAUGUAAUCAGUGUGGAAAGUCUUUCACAGUGAGCUCCAAUGUUGUUGUACAUCAGAGUAUCCACACUGGAGAAAUC